AUGGCUCCCACCGCUACCGUCCUCCUAAAAGAAGACAGCACCAACGCAGCAUCCGGUGCUCUCGGCCUAGCAAAAGAUGGACGAAAGCUCAAAAUCCGCUCAUAUCCCAAAUUCGACACUCUCGUCGAAGAAAGAGUCUACAGAAAACAACACCUCGCUGCAGCUUUCCGCAUCUUUGCCGAUCGAGGAUUCGACGAAGGUGUCGCGGGACACAUCUCUGUCCGUGAUCCGAUCUUAACAGAUCACUUUUGGCUGAACCCGUUAUCUAUGCAUUUCUCCCUAAUCAAAGUCUCGGACUUGAUUCUGGUAAAUGAGGAUGGGGAGGUUGUUGAGGGAGACGAACCUAUUAAUGGAGCUGCCUUUGCUAUUCACUCUGAAAUACAUAAGGCUCGACCUGAGGUGAACGCUGCGUGUCAUGCGCACUCUGUUCAUGGGAAGGCUUUCAGUGCUUUCGGUAGGGAACUUGAUAUGAUUACGCAGGAUUCGCUGCGAUUUUAUAAAAGUCAUGCUGUUUAUGCGGAGUUUGGAGGUGUGGUUCUGGAUCGGGAGGAGGGGAGGAGAAUUACAAAGGCGCUUGGGAAUGGGAAAGCUGUGAUUCUGCAGAAUCAUGGGUUGCUUACUGUUGGUGGUAGCGUUGAUGAAGCGGCGUUCUGGUUUAUCAGUCUGGAUAAAACUUGCCAUGCGCAGCUUCUUGUUGAUGCGGCUGAGCUGGGUAGCGGUCAUAAGAGGAAAAUUAUCAAUGAUGAUGAGGCGGAGUUUACGUCGAAGCAAGUUGGGGGACCGGAGAAAGGAUGGCUGGCAUUUCAACCUUACUAUGAUGAGAUUGUUGCGAAAACCAACGGGGGAUUUCUACUUUAA